AUGGGGCGCACCCGACUGGGCGCGGGUGCCGGCGUGGAGCAGCGGCAGCAGGCGAGGGGUGGCGCCGGUGCGAUGGAGCGGAGGCGGCACGGGACUACGUCGGCAGGGCGGCGCGUGGCGGAGUGGGAGCAGGGGCGACAGAGCGUGCAGAGGAGGGCGAGGCCGUGGCGAGGCGGGCAGUCGCCGGUGGGGGACGACGGGGCCCUAGCCGUGGAGGGUGCGCCGGCAGGGAAUGCGGUCGCCGCGGGCGAGCGGCUUGGCGAAGGCCGGCGCUGGCCAGGGGGCAGCGCGCGCGGGCCGUGGCUAGCGGGGGUGCGCGGUUGUGGGCGCGAGUGUGCGCGAGGGAAGGAGAGGGCAGGGCACGGGGUGGCAGCGCAGCGCGACGGCCUUGUAAGGGCGGGGCAUGGUCUGCGAUGGCUAGAGGCCAGUGCGGCACGGGCGAGCGCGUGGGGACUAGCAGGGGUGGCCGGGAGCGAGGCGAUGCGCGCGGCCGAGGCGCGGCAGGUGCGGCCAGGCAGCGGCGUUGCGAGGGGAAGAGGAGGCCGAGGGCCUCACCAGGGUUCGUAG